AAAUAUAACUUUCAUUGGUAAUAAUGAUUGUUGGGAGAGUAUUAUCUACACUUGCAAGAGCACGAUUGAUCUCCUAUGCAAGACCCCAGUUACUAAAUAAGAAACAAAAUUUGACUCUAUCUUUCUUGAUGUGCAAACUAUCAAGUUACCAUGUUACAAAGAAUAUUGAACAUAUUUCACAAAGUGAUGAAGUUGAAACUUGUAAUGCAGAGGAAAGUAGACCUCUAUUAGUUGUAUUCAGUUGGCUAUUGGCAAAUCGUAGACAUCUUAUGAAAUAUAUGAAUUUGUACCUAGAACAAGAUUUUGAUAUUUUACUUGUAUCAGUUACACCUUGGCAACUAAUGUGGCCUGUGAAAGGAUCUAGGCUAGUUGCUGCAGAUCUUUUAGAAUUUUUAACACAACAACAAAAUUAUCAGCAAAUUCUAUUGCAUGGAUUUUCAGUAGGUGGAUAUAUGUGGGGAGAAGUAUUGGAUUUAGUACAAAGUAAUCACCAAAAAUAUAAUAAUGUAAUUGACAGAAUUGUUGGUCAGGUAUGGGAUAGUUUGGUUUAUGUGACUGGCAUACCAUUAGGUAUACCACGUGCUGUAUUUCCAAGAAAUGAAAUGCUACAAAAUAUGUUACAAAAGUAUCUAGAAUAUCAUUUAAAAACAUUUCAUAAACAAUCUACACAGUAUUAUAUACGAUCUAGUCAAAUGUUUCAUACAAAUUUGGUACAUACCCCAGCAUUAUUUUUCGUAAGUAAAACAGAUCCAGUAGGUACAGUAAUACAUAACAUGAGAGUAAGGGAUCAGUGGGAUACAUUGGGUGUAAAGACUUAUGUUAAAAUAUUUGAAAAGUCUCCACAUGUUGGACAUUAUCCUAUGUAUCCAAAAGAAUAUGUUGCAGAACUUUAUGCCUUUUUAAAUAAAUUAAGUUUAGUUCAAAAUGAAGAAAAAAUGAGAGCACAUCUUUAA